UUGACAACAUGUCAGGUUGCUAUCUAGUUAGCUAGCCUGCAGGAUACAUUCAUUCACAAUGGACAGAAAUAAAUAGACACAGGUUAUUUAACAGCGGUUAAGAAGAUAUGGUGUUGCAACGCGAACGAUUGUCUUGCUUUUUAGCCGAGUUCGCUUCAGUCAAAAGUCAUCGAAAGCAGCACAAUCAAAAGAGAAGACUAAGGUGACUACGACCCGGAGUUGGUCCGUCAGGUGACUACGACCCGGAGUUGGUCCGUCAGGUGACUACGACCCGGAGUUGGUCCGUCAGGUGACUACGACCCGGAGUUGGUCCGUCAGGUGACUACGACCCGGAGUUGGUCCGUCAGGUGACUACGACCCGGAGUUGGUCCGUCAGGUGACUACGACCCGGAGUUGGUCCGUCAGGUGACUACGGCCCGGGGUUGGUCCGUCAGGUGACUACGGCCCGGGGUUGGUCCGUCAGGUGACUACGGCCCGGAGUUGGUCCGUCAGGUGACUACGGCCCGGGGUUGGUCCGUCAGGUGACUACGGCCCGGGGUUGGUCCGUCAGAGUGUGCCAUGGCGGCUGGUGUUAGCCUGCUGACUGAUGUGCCCUACUCUUCCUCUGGGGACCUCAACACAGGCAACAGCAUGAACACAGUCAGUAGUCGGGUCCCCACAGCCAAGUACACCAAGGUGGGGGAGACUUUGAGACAUGUGAUCCCAGGUCACAUGCAGUGCUCCAUGGCGUGUGGAGGGAGGGCCUGUAAAUACGAGAACCCGGCCCGCUGGAGUGACAAGGAGCAGGCCGUUAAGGGACUGUACUCCUCAUGGAUAACUGACAACUUGCUGGCGAUGGCAAGGCCUUCUACUGAAAUCCUCGAGAAAUACAAUAUCAUAGAACAGUUUACAAGGUGUGGCCUUCGUACGGUGAUCAACCUGCAGCGUCCCGGGGAACACGCCAGCUGUGGUAACUCUCUGGAACAUGACUCUGGAUUCACCUACAGACCUGAGGUGUUCAUGGAGGCUGGCAGUGUGUUACUGGCGUGUUACCUGGUGUUCACCUCUCGUAUGAGUGCAGACCAGGCCAUCCUGUUUGUCAGAGCCAAGCGGCCCAACUCCAUCCAGACCCGAGGCCAGCUGCUGUGUGUCCGGGAGUUCGCCCAGUUCCUGGUUCCGUUGAGGAACGUGUUCUCCUGCGCAGAACCCCGGGCCAACGCUGUUACGCUGUCCCAGUACUUGACUCGCCAACGCCACCUGCUGCACGGGUACGAGGCGCGGCAGAUGAAGAACGUGCCAAAGAUCGUCCAGCUGGUCUGCAAGUUCCUCCUGGACAUCGCUGCCAAUAGACAGGUGGUGGUGGAGGAGGCGGUGUUGGAGGUUCCAGACCUGACGGCGGAGGUGGAGAAGACAGUGUCCCAGCAGGCCAUCCAGCUGCUGGGGAAGGAGAUGAGAGGGAAGGGCAUCCCUGUGCCUUCACCCCGCCUGCCUUGUCCCUGCCCUGAGACAGCCCUAACCCAGCCUUGUCCCCGCCCUGAGACAGCCCUAACCCAGCCUUGUCCCCACCCUGAGACAGCCCUAAUCCAGCCUUUUCCCCGCCCUGAGACAGCCCUAACCCACACACUACACAUGGAACGACCUCUCACUCCAAACCUAGCACUACUCCAGGAACCAUCGUUACUCUUAGAGCCCCCUCUCAGCCCAGCCCUGGCCCACGACUCGGUUCUGUCCAGUGACCAGGAGCUGGACCCUCUUUGGCAGCGGCAGAAUGGGGUGGCAGCCUCCCUCCUGAAGCCUCUGCAUCCGGGGAAACGCUUGCUGAGUUACAGUGACUCAGCCUUGUAUAAGCUAGACCCCAGACGAGACCCAGACCAGGAGCAGAACCAGAACCACAUCUGGAGCAUCCCUUGCGGCAAUCCUCUGACCCAGCACCAGCUAGCCACAGCCUGGGAGCCCCCCACAUCCCCUAGCCUCCCUCCACAGCACCACCCCUUCUCCAUGGGAGAGCAGACAAGGGAGGAGAGGCGAGGAGGACAGGAAAGGAGUUCUAAGGAGAGUGAUCACCACACCCAGAAGAACAUGUCUCCUCUCUUCCAGAGACGGAAGCAGCUCUGCGAGGGCCAGCGAAGUCUGUCCUUUGGGUUUGGGGGUAGUCUGUCCAAGCCCUCAGGAGAAGAGCUGUCAGAGGGGAGGCCGUGGAGAGGAGACAUGCCUGUGAUGAGCCUUACAGGAGGAGAGGAGUCUGUGUGUGGGGUCGACAGGGCUGGAGACAGAGAGGAAAGAGUGAGGGGGAAGGCUGGAGAAAGAGAGGACAGAGAGGAACGGAAGGACAGAGAGGACAGAGAUGACAGAGAGGAAAGAGUGAGGGGGAAGGCUGGAGAAAGAGAGGACAGAGAGGAACGGAAGGACAGAGAGGACAGAGAGGACAGGGAGAGGCUGACAGAGGUCCCUGUCAUCACCCGGUAUGCUGAGCUGUCCCUGGAAGCCAGACGUCUCGUGGUGGCCAGAGCUCUGGCUUUGGGCCUGAAUGAUGAAGAUCUCCACUACAAGGUCUCAGUGUGGCAGACAGAGCUGAACUCCAGAGAAGGAGCCUGGGAGAGACUGAGUCUAGAGAGAGACCCUAUGGUGCUGGCUGGUCUCAUGUGGUCCUGGCUGGAGCAGCUCAAAGAGCCAAUCAUCUCCUCUCAGGAUGUCCAGGCCCUGGGCCAGAAGAACUACAACUCUCAGCAUGCACUCAGUUCUCUGGAGAAGGGCCACAGACUGACCCUGCUCUGCAUCCUGGACUGUGCUGCUCAUCUGCUGGCCUUACCUGACAAGGAGGAAGCUGACUUCCUCAAUCACACCAUCAAGGUGUUCACUAAGAUCUCCUCAGAGAGUGACCAUGUUCUACACCAGACACUGAUGGCCACCCUGACUCCCAUCCUGCAUCAGUUGAGAGACAGUGCCGAGGAGGAGAUGGAGUCGACCAACCACUCCUCCUGAUGUUCCCUUGGACCUCUUCCCCCCCCCCCGUUCUUUACUUCUAGUUUAACCCAGGUCUGUUUUGACCAGCUAACCUCCUCCCGCCUCUCCUCCCCUUCUUUCUCUCUCCUGGCCCAACGUUAAAGGAAAACUCCACCAAAAACUAUCUUUUGGUAUUUGUUUCAUUAGUCCAGUGUUGACAUAGUCCCAAACUGUUUUGCUUGUCAGCAAUCAAGUUUUUAAGUUAUGUAACUUUCAAAAUGCGUCAUAUGGGGAUGAUUUCUGUAUUUUGAAAGUUAUAUAUCUUGGAAACUUGAUUGCUGACAAGCAAAACCGUUUGGGACUAUGUCAACAUUGGACUAAUGAAACAAAUACCAAAAGAUAGUUUUUAGGUGGAGUUUUCCAUGAAGCUCUGUCCUGACUAGCUACCGGACGAUGCUGCUGCUGCUGCGCUGCGUUCCCUACUGUUACCAAGCUUUAGAUGAAAUAAUUAUGAUGUUGUAUGACAACGUGAUGUGAUUUCAGCAUCAAGGUUUGUUUUUGUUUGUUUUUAGCUAUUUCUUCCUGUUAUUUUUUUUAAAUGUAAAACUGCCAUACUGUGUUAAUGUGCCAGGUGAUGUUUCAGCUACAUGACUUUAGUGUUCUGAUCUCAUCCAUCUACUACUGUAGGUGUUGCUGUGGAAACGGAUGGUAGUCCCAAAUAGCACCCUAUUCCCUAUAUAUAGUGCACUACUUUAGACCAGGACCCUAUUCCCUAUAUAGUGCACUACUUUAGACCAGGGCCCUAUUCCCUAUAUAUAGAGCACUACUUUAGACCAGGACCCUAUUCCCUAUAUAGUGCACUACUUUAGACCAGGGCCCUAUUCCCUAUAUAUAGUGCACUACUUUAGACCAAGGCCUUUUUCCCUAUAUAGUACACUACUUUAGACCAGGGCCCUAUUCCCUAUAUAUAGUGCACUACUUUAGACCAGGACCCUAUUCCCUAUAUAGUGCACUACUUUAGACCAGAGCCCUAUUCCCUAUUAUAGUACACUACUUUAGACCAGGGCCCUUUUCCCUACAUAGUGCACUACUUUAGACCAGGGCCCUAUUCCCUACAUAGUGCACUACUUUAGACCAGGACCCUAUUCCCUAUAUAGUGCACUACUUUAGACCAGGGCCCUAUUCCCUAUUAUAGUGCACUACUUUAGACCAGAGCCCAAUGGGUCAUUGUCAAAAGUAUGUUGUGCACUAUAGAGGGAAUAGGGUGUUGGUUGGUACGUUGGUUUUUGUCAGCAUUGACUGGAAAGGGAAUCCUGAUGAAAUGAAUGUAAAUGUUAUUUUACUUCAGUGAAGAAUUGAACUUCUGCUUUGCUCAGCUGAAGAAGAGGAAAAAAAAUAAAAACUUGAUUUAAUUUGAACCAAAAUAUAUUUUCACUGUCUAAAACUAACCAAUGUCUUAUUUAUUGAACUUCUCACUUGAUUAGAAAAACAUGAUGAAACAGGAUGUCCCAAAUAGCACCCUUUUGCCUACAUAGUACACUACUUUAGACCAGAGCCCUAUUCCCUAUAUAGUGCACUACGUUAGAACAGAGUCCUAUUGCCUAUAUAGUGCACUACGUUAGACCAGAGUCCUAUUCCCUAUAUAGUGCACUACGUUAGACCAGAGUCCUAUUCCCUAUAUAGUGCACUACGUUAGACCAGAGUCCUAUUCCCUAUAUAGUGCACUACGUUAGACCAGAGUCCUAUUCCCUAUAUAGUGCACUACUUUAGACCAGGGCCCUAUUCCCUAUAUAGUGCACUACGUUAGACCAGAGUCCUAUUCCCUAUAUUGUGCCGUGGGCUCUAGUCAGAAGUAGUGCACUAUAUAGGGAAUAGGGCUCUAGUCAGAAGUAGUGCACUAUAUAGGGAAUAGGGCUCUAGUCAGAAGUAGUGCACUAUAUAGGGAAUAGGGCUCUAGUCAGAAGUAGUGCACUAUAUAGGGAAUAGGGUGCUAUUUGGGAUGCACCCCGACAAAAUGCAGAACUCGAUAUGUUAAUUAGUAAAUUGCUUAGAUUAAAAUGCAACUGUAAAUGCUCUUUCCUUCGUAAUGUAAACUAGCUGGUCACAGGAAUUGUCCUUUUAAAGCAAUACUGUCAUUUUUGUCCUCAUCUUAAAUAAUACACCAAAAACACCUGACUGAGACAUGAGAAAACAUUGUACUGUAUAAAAAGGUCAUUCCCACUGGGCAUAGACGUAAACAACGUGGAUUCAACCAGUGUGUUCCCAGUGGGUUAGGACGACUUCAUCAAAACCUGCCUCCAACCACCUCUGCAUUUAAACGCUCUCUGCCUCAACUACUAUAAUGGCCUGA